CCCAAAGAUAGAAGAAGAGCGUGGGCUCUUACGCAAACCACAAGAGAGUGAGGUCCGAAGGAAACUCAAAGAUACGAUAGAUGCGGCGUCGUUCCUUCGAUAGCAUUCAAUGUCACCGAUGGUGGAUGAGGAAGGGAGAUCGACUGGUCAUAGAUAAGCAAGCAGAUUUGUCCCGGCGUGUAGGUGUUGAGGUCUACUGUCACCUGUUCCUGCUCUUGUCCAUCUUCGAAGCCAUGUUCAACCCCAUCUCUGUCAAUCUGCCAUCUCUCGUGCUCUGCAACGAUGUUGUUUACAUCCUCUUUGCACCUUUAGACUCAUUUCUCUCCCGUCUGGUUGAAUAAGGAAAGGUUCAUGCGGUGAGCAUCAGCCUGGACGCGUAAAGGUCUUUGUG